AUGCCUUUGAGCGAACUGACGAAGAAGUGGUGGGAUUUGGAUUUUAAUAUUGCGGCAGAAGAAAUGAGACGUUUAGCCAAGGAACCGAAAGAGAAGGAAAAACUUCAAUUAUAUGGUUUAUAUAAGCAAGCUGUUCAUGGAGAUAUUCCACCUAAAGACGACUAUCCAAUUCCUGUAAACGAUGAAUGGGAAACGAAAAAAUAUGACGCUUGGAAGGCUCAAAGAGGAAAGGUAAGAGAAGAAUGCGAAAAAGAAUACGUUAAACUUGCUGAAAGAAUGAUCAAAAAAUAUGAACGAAACAUCAAACGUUCAAAAUGGAACAGUGAAGUUUGGACCGUCGAUUAUUGA